AUGAAGAAAUUCGACUGUCCCGAGCGAAUCAUUCAGAUAGUGCGUCAGCUCCACGACGGUACGAUGGCGCGAGUCACGGACAACGAAACUGUCUCAGAGGCAUUCGCAGUGACCAACGGAGUGAAGCAGGGAUGCGUGCUGGCGCCUACCCUUUUCAGCAUUAUGUCCUCUGUCAUGCUAAUGGACGUCUACCGUGAUGAACGCUCCGGGAUCCGCAUCGCCUACAGGACGGACGGUCACCUUCUGAAUCAACGGUGGAUGCACUUCCAAUGGCGUGUAUCCACAACCACCGUUCACGAACUUCUCUUCGCCGACGACUGCGUCCUCAACACCACCUCGGAGGAGGAGAUGCAACGGAGCAUGGACCUCUUAUCUGCCGCCUGCGAGAACUUCGGACUGGUCAUCAACACGCAGAAGACGGUGGUCAUGCAUCAACCGCCACCCAACACAGCCACUCCUCGCAACGCGCCUCAAAUCAGUGUGAACGAAACCCAACUGCAAGUGAUGGAAAACUUCCCGUACGUGGGCAGUACCCUCUUCCGUAGCACUAACGUCAAUGACGAAGUCGCUAGCAGGAUCUCGAAUGUCAGUCACGCCUUCGGUCGCCUCCAAAGCUCAGUUUGGAAUCGUCACGGUCUCCAACUGAGAACGAAGCUGAAGAUGUACAAGACUGUCAUCCUGCCGACGCUACUGUGCGGAGCGCAGACCUGGAAUGUGUACACAAAGCAGGCACGCCGACUGAACCACUUCCACCUUAGUUGUCUCCGUCGCAUCCUGAGGCUAAGCUGGCAGGAUCGCAUCCCCGACACUGAUGUGCUGGAACGAACGGGAAUCCUCAGCAUCUGCACCAUGCUGAGACAAAUGCAACUGCGCUGGAGCGGCCACCUGGUACGCAUGGACGACGAGCGACUACCCAAACGACUCUUCUACGGGGACGUCGCGACGGGUUCUCGUCGUCAAGGAGGCCAAAUUCGCCGUUACAAGGAUACCCUGAAGUCCUCCUGA